UACUUAGUCCUCACCAGCCAUAGAAGAAAACAUGGCGGACGGAGUGGAAGAGGCGACAGAUGUGCUUCUUGAUGAAAAAGAAGAAUCAAGCCCAUUAACUUAUGAGGAGACAGAGUUUAAUGGUGACAACCCAGAAAAAAGUGAAAAAAGGAAACUUUUAGAGUCAUGGCUUAACAAAAUCAUGAGAAUAAAGAUCUCUGAUGGAAGGACAUUAAUUGGUUCCUUCCUAUGCACCGAUCAAGACAGGAAUAUCAUUUUAGGAUCAUGUCAGGAGUUUGUUGGUUCCUCAGAUGAGAAAGAAGAGCCACGGAUUCUUGGUUUAGCCAUGGUACCAGGAAAACACAUUGUUUGUAUUGAAGUUGAUGUGGAGUGAUGUUGAUGCACAUGUAGUUAUGAAGCAAUCAGAAACACAGUGUUACAGAAAAUAUGAUAUCUGUGGAGUGCACACACUUUUCAAUGCAAUUGUGGAAUCACACUCUUGUGGAAAGCUAAAAUUUACACCAUCCAAGGUGGUAGGAAGUGAAUAUUUCUAGUUGACUGAACCAAGGAAACCAUUCUGAAGCUGGAAGCUAUUCAAGUGGAAUGACUAGUGAGACAUUUUGUUGACAGUACAAUCAAUCAAAGGAAUAGUUUUCUGGUGUCUUGUGACCUUAGGAUUUUCGCUAACUUCUGCAAUUUGCAACAAACAAUGUUCCAAUAAGAUGCUUCACCCUCUAAUUUGCUUUUUCUGAAAUAACCAAACUUGUUGUAUGAUCAUCUGUUGGUUCUCUCACUUCCAAGAUCUACAUAUCAAUUCUCUCCACUAUCUGCUAUACAUGUCUUUAAGAAUGGGUACUGAGAAUGGCUUAAUAUUCCUUUUCUGUCUGCUUGAUACUUCAGUGAUAUUGUUUGAAUAACAUAGCAUGCCACAUAUACCUCCAAAAAAACACUAAAUCACAAAAAAAAAUUGUUUCAUGUUCUAUAAAAACCUGUUUCUCUGAACAACAGUCAUCUAUGACAUUACAACCUUCUGAUAAUUUCUGAACAAUUUUUUUAUUCCUCACUAUUUUUGUACCCUGCCAUCCCAUGUCAAGCCAUAAACUCUCAUCUGAUGAUAAUUAUAAGUGACAGAUUUAAAAUUAUUUUACAGUGGAAGCUUACAUAUUUUCUGUUCAGGUGACAAAAAAACAGGAAGGUUGUGUAAUACUGCUGUAAAGUUGCAUUAAUCAUAAUAAACUUAAUUAAAUCUUCA